UCUUGGUUGCAGACAUGCGGAUGAUACAAAAGUUUAUUAUUAGUUUGUUGGUUGUGUUUGUAUUCCUCGUUCAUGGUGUGUCUAAUGGCACAGAUGAAGUGUCAUUGAUGGAGGGAGAUUCAGUCACUUUAUACUCUAAUGUUAAAAUAAAUCAAGGAGUCGGAAUUAAAUGGUAUUAUUAUGACGAUUUCAUCGCUAGAAUCAGUGGAGACCCGAAUAAGACCUGUACAGAUGUUCAGUGUAAUGAAGGCACUGAGAGAUUCAAAGACAGACUGAAGCUGGACAAUCAAACUGGAUCUCUGACCAUCACAAACACCACAACUGAACACACUGGAGUUUACCAUCUAAAGAUAAGGAGCAGCAGCACUGGAAAAAUCUUCAAAGUUACUGUUCAUGAUGUUUCUGCUGAACAAGAUCAAACGAAGAGAAAAACUGUGAAGGAAGGAGAUCCUGUUACUUUAGAGACUCCUGUAGAGAAACACUCCAAUAGUGUGAUGACGUGGUAUUUUAAUGACAUACUCAUCGUGAGUGGAGAUCAGAGUCAGAUCUGUACAGAUGUUCAGUGUAAAGAGAGAUUCAGUGACAGACUGAAGCUGGAUCAGUUUGGAUCUCUGACCAUCACAAACACCAGAACUGAAGACUCUGGAGAAUACACACUACAGAUCAACAUCAGCACCAGCAGCUUCAGUAUUACAAGGACCAGGAGCUUCAGUGUUACUGUCACUGCUGAUCCAGGUUCAGGUCUGUCUCCAGGAGCCAUCACAGGAAUAUGUGUUGGUGUUGGUCUUGUUGUUCUGCUGGCUGUAGCUUGUUGGAAAUACUAUCGCCACAGGAACCCUAGAUGUGACAUGGAGAAAAACAGGCAGUAUGCAGUCCUAGAAAAGGAGACAUGCCAAGGCCCACAGGAUCAGGCCGAAUAAUUGAAACUGCAGCUCAUUUGCGUUUUUGCUAACCCUCAAAAAGUGACAACUUUAACAUGCUAUAUAAACACAUCUGUGGGGUAGUUUGAGCUAAAACUGCACAUACACACUCUGGGGACAUCAAAGAUUUAUUUUACCUCUUGUGAAAAGGGCAUUAUAGCACCCCUUAAAGGGUAGAGCACAUCCAGAGUUACGUUUAUGUUAUGUAUUUAGGAAAUCUGAUUAUUAAUCUCAUAGGACAGGAUUCAGUUUACCGUUGCUCAUUAACUCUUCAGCUUUAUCUCAACAGCUAUUGCUUUUACAUGUUUGUUUGUUUUUUCAUAACAUUGUAUCAUAAUUUUUUUUCCUUGCCGUUUAUGUUUUCAUGUCAUUUUUAUUUGACGUUAGGCCUUAUUUUUGUCGUAAAAUAUUUUCAUGACUGAUUUCUUCGAGGGGAGGGUCUAUGUGUAUGUUUUUUUUCCCCAGUUCUUUUAAACUAAUGAGCAAAAUAAGCUUGCACAAUUUGCAUAUGAACACGACCGGCGAUCAAAACCAACAAAACACACGGAGAGCAUCAGCUUUAGUUUCUGAUAAUAGACACAAGACCAGUCGAACGCUGUGAGUGUGUGUUAGAAAUCAGGAAUGGUGAGAGAACAUUGUGCUUGGUACAUUUUUCAUCUUCAAAUCAAGCUUAGGUCAGCCAAAAAAGUUUAAAUGCCAUCUGGCUUGCACUCUUCCUGUAAUCUUUACGCAUUACCUCAGGAAAGUAGACAGUCUUUUUGUAGCGCAAUCCCGUCAAAUGUGUGUUCAACGACUCAGGAAGUGGUCAAAAGUGGACACGUUCAUAACGUUUUAGACCCCGUUUACAUCUGUGUUUAUCGUCGUCCACUUGUGAUCCAACUGUGCAAUAUUUCGGCAGGUUGAAUGUUUCUGGAAGCUUAUUAACUUCAACUUUCAUUUUCUUUUUCCCCCACUUUAUAUUUAAGUCACAAAUAAUCUACUUGUAGCAUUCAGCCUUUUUUCUAAACUUUUUUUCUUUCUUUCUGCACUUUGUUCAAAGUUUGGGAAAACUGGCUGCCACUUUUGCACUUUUUCCAGCGGUUUCCCGGACCGAGAUUAAGCAUAUAGUCCUGGACUAUAGUCCUAGAUUUUAGUCAAGAGUUUUAAUCAGAUGAUUUCCUGGAGUUAAUAAAUUCUUUAAGUUGGUUUCAAAUUAAUAUGGUUUAUUUGAGGUCAAGGGGGCCAAUAGCCAUUAUAUUAAGACAGUGUCUUAAGAACUAGCUUGAACAACUAGCAGUUAGGAGUGAUUAGUCUUACUGUUCACUAUCAAAUUAGACCAAUGUACGUUAGUAUGUAAUUAACUUUAAAAAGUUAUGAACAGUCUUGAAGAAAAAUUGAUGACUAACUUGUAAGACUAGUCUUAGCAGUUUCUGCAACUCACCCCAGGCCUCCAUAGUCCAGGUGUAACUCAUCUGUGUGACAGAAAGCCACAAUUAACUAUUCUACAUUAAGGUCUACUCCUGUCUUAAUUUAAACCCUGUCCCGGAAACCGUCACUUUGUUAAAAUGUUUUAUUUAUUUUGUUUUGAUUUUAGUUUCUUUCUAUUUUUAUUUACAUGAAUUGAUUUUGAUAAGGGAAUGUGAAUAAAUAUUACAGUCUGUGCUGAUUUUGUAUAAAGUGUUAAAUUAUAUUUUUAGUGAAAAUAUUGCUAAAAUUCUAUUUUCUGUUUUAAAGUAAAUUUUAUAAGUUAUGUUUUUAUGUGGGAUGUAUGUAAUUUCUAAGUGAAUGAAAUUUGA